GGGCCUAGCCGAGCCCCGCUGUUCCGGUGACACGGAGCCCGCCGGCUGCAGACGACUCGGCAGGAACCCUCCGUGCCCGCCUCUCCCUCUCUCCUCUCUCCACCCUGCACGGUGCCAUGGCGCGCUUGGCAGCCUGGCUCUCCUUCUUCCUGGCCGUCCUGCUGCAAUUCGGCCCGUGCACGGCCGACACUCCGGCCAACUGCACCUUUGAAGACCUGGAGGGCACCUGGGUGCUCCAGGUGAGAAGCGGGCAGGGGCCCCCGACCCGGGAGAUCGAUUGUUCCGACGUGGGUCCUGUGGAGAAAAAAAUAACUGUACAUCUUCAGAAACUUGACGUAGCUGAGGAUGAUCAAGGGAAUUACGGCUUUUUCACCAUAAUUUACAACCAGGGCUUCGAAAUUGUCUUGAAUAACUACAAGUGGUUUGCAUUUUUUAAGUAUAAAACAGAGGGCUCUACUGUGACGAGUUACUGUAACGAGACUCUACCAGGCUGGGUGCAUGAUGUCCUGGGCCGUAAUUGGGCUUGUUUCACUGGAUUCAAGGUCUCAUCUUCAGGUCCCCAAGUUCGUGUCCAUCAACUGCCUCCUUGGAAGGCCUUGAGAAGAAUUCAGCAGAGGUUCUACGUGACCAACUAUGAUUUUGUGAAAGCCAUCAAUGCUGUUCAGAAAUCGUGGAGAGCAACUGCCUACAAGGAAUAUGACGGGCUUACUUUACAGGACCUCGUUUGGAGAGCUGGAGGAUUGAGAUCCAAAGCUCCCAGACCCAAACCUGCGGCCCCCACUUCGGAAAUACUCAAAGAAGCUUCCAAUCUACCAAAAUCCUGGGACUGGAGAAAUGUGAAUGGUGUUAAUUACGUCAGUCCAGUACGAAACCAAGCCUCCUGCGGCAGCUGCUAUGCGUUUGCCUCGAUGGGCAUGCUGGAAGCCAGGAUCCGCAUCCUCACCAACAAUUCCCAGACUCCAACCCUGAGCCCUCAGCAAGUUGUUUCCUGCAGUGAAUACUCCCAAGGUUGUGAUGGUGGAUUUCCUUACCUCAUCGCUGGAAAAUACCUGCAGGAUUUUGGCAUUGUUGAGGAGGCCUGCUUUCCUUACAAAGGCAUGGAUUCCCCCUGCACUCUUAGGAGUGACUGUUACCACUACUACACCUCCAACUAUCACUAUGUGGGUGGGUUUUACGGGGGCUGCAACGAAGCCUUGAUGAAACUGGAGCUCAUUAAGCACGGACCGAUGGCUGUGGCUUUCGAAGUCUAUAAUGACUUCAUGCACUACUCGGGAGGAAUCUACCACCACACAGGUCUGAUGGAUCCUUUUAACCCUUUCGAGCUGACCAAUCACGCCGUUUUGCUCGUGGGGUACGGCAGCGAUCCCCAUUCUGGCGAGCCGUUCUGGAUCGUGAAGAACAGUUGGGGAACCUCUUGGGGUGAAGAUGGUUAUUUCCGGAUCCGGAGAGGCUCUGACGAAUGCGCUAUAGAGAGUAUAGCAGUGGCUUCUACACCUAUACCUAAAAUAUAAUUGUGGGAUUAUCUCAGAAGGCCUCUGUCCACCCUAGAAGUGCAAUGAAUGUUCCUUACAGCUAGUCCUUGACUUAUGACCGCAAUUGAGCCAUUUCCUUUGCUAAGCAAGAUGGUUCAGUGAGUUUUGUCCCAGUUUAUGGCCUUUUCCCCCCCCACUAUUAAGGGAUCACUGCCAUUUUAACAUGGUUGUUAAAUGGAUUCUCCAUUGACUUUGCUUAUUAGAAGGUUGCAAAAAGUGAUCACAUGACCCCGGACGUUGCAACCAGCAUAAAUACAUGCCAGUUGCCUAGUGUCCGAAUUUUGAUCUUGUGAUUACUCGGAGAUGCAAUGAUCCCAAGUGUAAAAACAAUCAUAAGUCAUCUUUUUCUGUGCCGUUGUAACUUUGGACGGUCACUAAACAAGUUGCUGUAAAUCGAGGACUCCCUGUAUGUAUUGAGAAAAUUGAACGGCCUUGCGUUCCCUGCUUACAAGGCAAGUUUGGUUUUGCCAUUUUUCAGACUGUGUUAAAAUGAAAGCCAUAAUGAUUAGAAGAUAGAAUCAAAGGAUGGUUGACUCAUCCAACCACUCUGAUUCAGAUCAGCAAUAAUUUGGGAGGAAGGAACUUUGACAAUAGAUUCAUGUUCUUAACUUUCAAGCCACAAUUGGCAACCAUGAUUGGAAGCAAGCUUACUCAUCGUGAUCGGUGUUUUUUCGGCUUGGAGUGAUAAAAUGGCCAAUCAUGAUUGACACUCUUCUAUUUCUAUAUGAUUAAAAUAGACUUGGGGAAUGCUAGUUUGGAAUGGAAGCGCAACUGUGACCUUAUGUUUUCAACCAUGGCUAGUCCGUGAAGGUUCUCAAUCAUCCAGGUCAGGGUUGUCUCAAAGGUGCUUUUUCCAAAAGGCAACUGGAUUUCUUGUGGGUUUUUUUUCUUUGAAAAUGUUUUGCUUUCCAUCCAAGAAGCACCUUCAGUUCUAACAUUUAGAACCAGAGAAUUAACAUUUAGAACUAACUCAGUUCUAAACUGAACCGAGUUAUAACUGAAAAAGCUUCUUGGAUGGAAAUAUUUUAAAAUAGAAAACCAAAGAAAGUUCUGUUGCCUUUUGGGGAAAAAAACAUACCUUUGGAGCAUGGAUCAUGUACCUGAAAAUUUCUUAACCACAUUAAUCAGCUUUCGGAGGAUAAAGUGGUACACCCCGUAUUUUCUCCCCAUGGAAGAAAAUGGUAUAUUUUAAUGUUUACAAUCUAGCUAUCAAUUCAAUUACAAUGUAUGAAAACUGAAUAUUAAGUGUGUUAUUCUCCCACACUUUCUUUCCUUGUUCAGCUGCCUUUUUUCCGCCUUUGAUUUUUUUUCCUGAAAUAUUUUUCUAAUCUGCAAUAGUAUUUUUUUAAUUGCUGUGCCUUAACAAAAGAAAUGAAGAAACUUGAAUAUAGAAGGGAAUGUCUUGCAUGCAAAAUGAUUAUACUUUACUGUGAUUUUUUGUGUGUGUAAAAAAAGGGAAAGUUAUAAGUAUCUUUUGAACCAAAUACCUGGGAUGACAACAUUCAUUUGAUCCACAAUUUGAGCAGUGCAGUAGAACCUUAUUGUUUCUUUCUUUUGAAGAUCAUCGGGGUUUUUUAAAUAUAUAUAAUUCUGAAAUAAAGAAAUGUUUCACUGUUG